AUGCCCUCCAACUACGUUCACCAUGUGGGGAACCAUGAUUAUACUCGUGCUACUGUCGUGAUUAUCGGGGCUGGCGUAUCAGGUAUAUGCAUGGCAAUCGACCUCCUCCGUCGAACCCCCAUCCGGAAGUUCGUCAUACUCGAGCAGGGAAGCGCUGUGGGAGGAACCUGGGCCAACAAUCUCUACCCAGGCUGUGCCUGCGACGUCCGGAGCGCCCUGUACAGCUAUUCAUUUGAGCAGCGUCCCGACUGGACAGCUGAGUAUCCGGCGCAGGAAGAGUUUCUGGCAUACCUCACGGAUAUUGCUCAGAAAUACGGCCUCUAUCAAUACAUCCGGUUCAACUCGACCGUACAGGAAGCCCGCUGGGACGACCAGCAACAGCAAUGGAAGGUCCAGGUUGCCCUGAAUGGCACCAAGGCUAGCGAAUUCCAUGAGGAGUAUGAGCUCGCCACGGACUUCUUGGUAUCCGCCGUCGGACAACUCAAUGUGCCCAGCUAUCCCUCAAUCCCAGGUCUGGAUCAUUUUACCGGCAAGUUGAUUCACUCAGCCAGAUGGGACUGGACCUACGACUUCUCCGGCAAACGAAUUGCGGUUAUCGGAAAUGGCGCCUCAGCAAUCCAGAUUGUCCCUGAAAUAGCCAAAACCGCCUCUCAUAUAACCAUCUACCAACGCAGUCCGAAAUGGGUCGUUCCGCGCUUCAACAAGCCGGUCGGCGCUUUCCAGCAGUUCCUACUGUCAUAUGUACCUCCCGUGCGCUGGUGCAAGAGAGUCCUGCAGAUGCGUUUCCGAGAAUGGACAUACAACAUCCUCGUCACCCCCGGCACGGUCCCGGCCCGCGAAGCUGAGGAAGCUGCAGAGGAAUGGAUGAAAACCCAGUUGCCCGACAAGCCCGAAUUGUUGGACACUCUGACCCCCAACUAUGCCAUAGGAUGCAAGCGCAUUCUCAUUUCCGACGACUUCUAUUCAGCGUUGAAUUCGAGUCACGUUGACCUCAAUACCAAGCCAAUCCAGCGUAUCACAGCCACGGGUGUCCAAACGGAGGGCGACGAGCAAGCGUAUGAUCUCAUCGUGUUGGCCACUGGAUUCCGUGCUUCGGAAUUCCUGCACCCGAUCCGGGUGUACGGUGCUGGCGGCCGGGCACUAAAAGAUAUCUGGAAGGGUGGACCAAGAGCUUACUACGGUAUGACUGUUGAGGAUGUGCCGAACUUCGGCAUGCUCUACGGACCCAACACAAACUUGGGCCACAACUCCAUCAUCCUCAUGAUCGAAGCCCAAUCACGAUACAUAAGCACAUUGAUCCGAGCCGUAGCCGAUGCGAAGAGAAAGGACCAAACACUGGUUAUUCAACCUCGCCCAGAAGUGCUACGCGAAUACAACGACCGGGUCCAGAAACAGUUGGCAGAAACCAGUUUCGCUGACCCAAACUGCCAAAGUUGGUACAAGACUGAUGAGGGCCUGAUCACGAACAACUGGCCAUUCAAGGUCGUGGAGUACCAGAAGGAGGUGUCUCAGGUGCGAUGGACGGACUUCCUUUUCAAGGGCGAUGGGGCUGCGACAGUGGAGAAGAAGAAGGCGACGCACGUUGGUCGGGUUAAGGAGGAGGUGCUGAUCAGUAAUAUUACGUUGUUUUUGGGGGUGGCUUUGGCGGCUGGAGGAGUUUACUGGCGUGCUACGAGGGGGUGGAAGUGGUAGGCUUUAGGCUGCUGCUUCGUGAUAC